AUGGAGUAUUUGAGAAAGUUGAAAAAGUAUCGCUUCUUUCGCUAUGAGACCGCGAAUCCGUACGACGGUUGCCGGGAGCUAACUGAUAAGAUCGAAUCUUUCAAUCGAAUGAUGGGCAUAUCUUUUCUGGAACGUAACCACGACUUUAUGACAUUUCCGUUUAUUUUCCCGAUCAGUGCGUUCAUCAUUUAUGGACUUAGUAUCUUCAUAACUGCGUACCGCGUUCGAAAUGACAUCACGAGCGUCAUUCAUUGUGUAACGACAUUUGGAUUCGGAUCUCAGGCGGUUAUGAAGAUCUAUAGCUUCAUCAUCACGCGACAGGAAGUGAUUGCGCUGAACGAGACCAACUUCCAGUACUACCGUAUGAUGUUGAAGCAGAGCGAGCGCGUCAAAGGAGUGCUGUGCUCGAACUUGAGCCUGAUCUUCAUCGUAGCUCGCGUGGCUGGCCUCGCCUAUAUGGUGCUGGAGAUCAUAACGAUGGCAAUCCCUGGAUUGUCCUCGAUAUUUCUUACCGAUCGCAUUCUGCCGUUUGGGUUUUUCUUUCCAUUCGUUGACCCCGAUACGUGGCCCGGGUACUGCUGGAACUACGUGUUCCAGAUGCUGGUAGCCACGUACUACUGGUUAAUAGCGGUGGCGUCCGAUUGUAUGACCAUCUUCAAUCUGUUCACUGCUUGUGGACAGCUCGAUGUACUGAUGGCGCUCAUUGACGAGCUCAACGAGGACUUGGCCCAGGACGCACCAGCCGAUGCGAUACGGAGCAAAAUUAUCGAGAUAACUCAGCUGCACCAGCAGCAUCGCGCGUAUCUGCAACGCCUGGUGAGCUUUCUCAACCUAUACCACUUGGUGGCCGUCGGUUGUUCGGUUUUGGCCAUGAUCUUAUCGGUGGUGGGCCUUGUACUGCUGGAUUGGUAUUCUGGUGUAGCAUUGGUUUUUCUGGUUUCAAUUCAAUUGUUCUACAUAUGCUUCUUGGGCACCAGUCUCGAGAUUAAGACGGAUGCUAUGACGGAAAAGGUUAGUGCUGUUUCGUGGAACAAGCUCUCGGUCGCAAACAUGAAGCACAUGAAGCUGGUACUUGCGCUGACUCAGGAGCCGAAGGUGCUGGUAGUUGCAACGACACCUUUGAACAUCAGUACUUACGUCCAGAUCCACAAGAUGAUUUACUCAAUGGCCAUGAUGCUACGCAAUGCUAAGGAUUAAUCUGUGGAUCAUUCGAUAUAAUUUAUUUGUUCAUUGAUUCUAUUCAACAUCCCGUGAGAAGCGAG